AUGACGGGCCCACUGAAGCAGGGCGAGUAUAAUGUGGGCACCUUCGAGGAGCGGCAGGCGAAGUACGCGGCGUGCAUCGCGGGGCUUCGAAAGGUUCUGAGGAAUCCUGAAAGGCAGCUGGAAGUACGUAAAAACAAGCUGGAUGUGUACAGCAAGGAUCACUCGUACCACAUGCAUGUGCUUCCUGCCGCUGCGGUACAGCCGAGCUCUGUGGAGGAGGUCGUGGCCGUAGUAAAGGUUUGCGCGGCGCACAAGGUGCCCAUGACGCCGCGCGGCACUGGCACUGGUAUCGAGGGUGGAGCCAUUCCUUACGCUGGCGGUGUCGUGAUUGACACAGUGGGACUCACCCGCAUGGACUUCGACGUCGACAAUGCGUGUGUAUGGGUUGGCGCUGGCGUGACAAAGAAGGCGCUGAACAAUGCGGCGGGCGAGAAGGGAUUUCUGUUCGGGCCAGAUCCUGCGUCAAACCCGUCCGUUGGCGGAAUGGUGUCAACGUCCGCGAGCGGGAUGUCGACGCUGCGCUACGGGACGACGCGCGAGAACGUGAUUUCCCUACGCGUUGUGACGCCGAGUGGUGACGUUGUGCAGACACGGCAGGUUGUGCGGAAGUCGUCUACUGGGCUUGAGCUGACGCAGCUGUACAUUGGGAGCGAGGGCACUCUGGGGAUUGUGUGCGAGGUGUGCUUCCGACUGUUCCCCUUGACGAAGUACUCCGCUGGCGGCUAUGCCGCCUUCGAAUCCACAGGUGAUGCAGUGCGGGCUGUCGUCGCAAUGCGGCAGCGUGGUGUGCCGCAGACACUGCUGCGAUGCGAACUGAUGAACAAGGGGAUCGUUGAGGCAACGAACAGCUACAGCAAGAUGUCGCUUCCAGAGAUGGCAAUUGUGCUGCUGGAGUUCACUGGCAAUGACUCUCGGCUGAGUGACAUUAAGCGUGACUACAAGUGCGUGGAGAACAUUUUCAAGGAGGUGGGGAAGGCGAAGGUGAUGCACUAUUUGCGGUCUGGUAAGGAGAUGGGGGACGUGUGGACGGCGCGGCGCUCCUGCUACUUUGCCGCGAUGCGCUGCCGCGGCAAGGAGGAGAAGGUGUUCGGCACAGAUGUAUGCGUGCCCAUAUCGAGGCUGACGGAGAUUAUCGAGUACACGGAGGCCGAGUUUGCAAAGAUGAACAAGAAGUGCUUCAUCUGCGCACACAUCAGCGACGGCAACUACCACCUGGUCGUUCCUUUUGCCCACAAGGAGGAGAUGGCGGAGCUGCGUGUGCUGGAGACGAAAAUGAUCAAGCGCGCCAUCGAGCUCGGAGGCACGAUUUCUGGGGAGCACGGCAUCGGCGUGGGAAAGGUCCACCUCGUCGUCGGAGAGCACGGCCAGUCACACAUCGAUGUGCAGGAGGUGAUCAAGACUGCGCUGGACAAGGACAACCUGAUGAACCCUGGCGCAUUUUACCCCUUCCAGCAGCGCUUGUAUCCCACGGCACACCUGUGA